AUGGACGGAGAUCCUGCCGUCGAGCACCAGCUCGACUCGUUUAGCCUAACGUUUCCCCUCCCCUACCGAGUUGCCUUCAUCGUCAUCCUAGCCGUAUGGGGAUGGGGGCUCAAUCUGCACUUCCUGCACCUCCGCCACAUCGAUGUGCCCGCCUUAAUCCGCUACCCGGGUCGCUCCAACGGUUCCCAGCUAUCCCACCAUCACUCGACCUACCGCCUCGCCUCCUUCCUCUCGCUCACCUCGGCCGCUUCCAUCGUCAUCUUCUGGCUCUGCACCCGCCGCGACCCACAGCGCGUCAUCGACUAUGACUGGCUGCCCAUGACCAACCUGCUCGCGCUCGCCGCCCUGUUCGCAAUCCCGCUCCGCCGCCUCUCGCUCUCCCACACCGGCCGCAGCCGCCUCCUGUGGACCCUCCGCCGCGUUAGCGUCGGCGGCCUGGCAGAGGCCAAAGACGGCAAAUUUGGCGACAUCCUACUCGCCGACGUGUUGACAAGCUACGCCAAGAUCCUCGCCGACCUCUUCGUCUGCCUCUGCAUGUUCUUGUUCGACGGCCGCGAGGGGUCCGCUACUGCCAGGCCCGACCGAGCAUGCGGCGGCGCCGUGCUCGUGCCGUUCAUCAUGGCCCUGCCGAGCGCCAUCCGCCUGCGCCAGUGUCUGAUCGAGUUCCUGCGCGUGCGCCGUGCGCCGUACAUGGAGGCCACCGGCUGGGGCGGGCAGCAUCUGGCCAACGCGGCCAAGUACUCGACCGCUUUCCCGGUGCUCGUGCUCGGAGCAAUGCUGAGGAGCCGGAAGGAGGGUUCGCCCGGCUUGUACAGGGCGUGGGUCGCCGCGUGUUUGAUCAAUUCGCUCUACAGCUUCUACUGGGACGUGACCAAGGAUUGGGACUUGACUCUCUUUUCGGUGGACAGGGACUCGCCCGAUCAUCCGUUUGGGCUGAGGAGGACGCUGCUGGUGCACAAGCCGGGUGUGUACUAUGUCGUCAUUGUGCUUGAUCUGGUGCUGAGGUGUACGUGGAUGAUCAAGCUGAGCCCGCAGAUGGACCGCAUCAGCGAUUUUGAGAGCUCCAUCUUCUUGAUUCAGUUCUUGGAGGUGUUCAGGCGCUGGGUGUGGAUCUUCUUCCGGGUCGAAACCGAAUGGAUCCGCAACGCCUCGACCGGGCUGGGAUUGGACAACAUGGUUCUUUUGGGUGACUUUCAAGGGAAUAAGUAUGAGGAUGAGGAUUGA